AACCGGAAGCGGAAGUGGCCACUGGGCCGCGGUUGCGGCUGAAGGCUUCCCGCCAGGGAUGGGCUCCAAGGCCAAGAAGCGCGUAGUGCUGCCCACCCGCCCGGCGCCCCCCACGGUGGAGCAGAUCCUGGAGGACGUGCGGGGGGCGCCCGCCGAGGACCUAGUCUUCACCGCCCUGGCCCGGGAAGAGCCCCCAGCCCCCUCUGGGAGGGCCGAGGACGCUGAGGCCCAGCGGGAGCAGCUCUACCAGCAGAGCCGGGUCUACGUGGCCACGAACCAGCGGCUGUGGCACGCGGGCGCCCAGCUGAAGCAGCAGCGUGAGGAGCUGUGGCAGGCACGCGAGGAGCUGGAGCAGGAGGUCAGCCAUGUGGGCCAGGUGGCUCUGCCGAGCGCUGCGGCCGCCGCCUCCUUGGGCUGACCCGGCUCCCCGGGGCCUCGGGUCCUCCGCUCGACACCUGGCCCGGCGCACCUCACCUGACACCUGGCCCCUGGGUCCCGGAACCAGGGUCCAGGCUCUCUGUUCCGCGGCCUAGCCACGCCUGGCACCCAGAGACCCCGGGGGACACAGCCCGCCCAGGGGGUGGGGCUGCCUCAGCCAGGCACAGGCCCCUCCCCGAGGGUGGGGUCCGGGUUGUGCGCAUGCCCCUCGCCCUGAGGAGCCCCGACUGGACUUCCUGCGGGGCCCAGCCCCCGAGGGCCCUCAGUCCAUCCUCCCUUCCUUCCUCUGGCGACCCUGCUUCACUGCCCCCCCAUCAGGCUGAGCUGGUGGGACCCACCCCUCUGGUUCUGCCGUCUCCGUGUGAACUGGAGGGCCCCAGGGGUCCCAGAAGAGGGUGGGGAGUUCAGUGUCCUCCCUGACGCGUGGUGGCUAAGGUUAUGUGAGGAGCUGUGGCCCCCCAGGGCCCAGAUCUGAGAUGGGGCCUCGUGGUGGGUGCCACCCCUCAGGGCCCCCGGCACCCUGACCUAGGGCCUGGGCACUCUGCCAGGGCACUUGUUUGUCUGUCAGCUGUGGGGUUCUGUCACAUGGGGGUGCCAUGAGAGGAUGUGGUCAGUCCACUGCCCCGGGCCAUCACCCAGCUGCCCUCCUGUCCGUGCACCUUCGUCUGCGGACAGGUGGGUGGUGGGGCAGGAGAGGAUCUUGAAAAGGGCAUCACCCUAAAAAACCCAUCCUUUGAAGACCAGAGAAGCAGUAGGCCAGCGGGAGGUGGCCCCAGGGCCAGGCCCGUCAUGGAUGAGCCCGAGUCCCUCCGAUGAAAUCCCCAUGUGUAGCUGCCUGAACAGUGCCCCCAUGGACCACUCCUUUGCAGGGUCCCCAGAAGCUUGGGGCAGUGCUGGGACCCAGCACGCAGGGCCCUGACAAGGGAGACCCUGCGCAUCCCAGGAAGAAAGAGUGUCUGCUUCACCCUCAGAGACCCCAAAACUUGAGACUUGACCUUGGAGGCCCAGGUGUCAAGAAAGUGUGGGCUUGUCUCUAGUGGCAGCAGUGGACGCCAGGCUGCCUCCUCCAGGGUGCGCUGGCUAACAGCGGGCCCUUGGGGUGAGCUGCUUCCCUCUCCCCGCCCACCCUGGCCUCCGGGUGGGGCCGCCUGUCUUUGGGGCACGGUCCACCCUCUGGAUCCCCCCCUGGCAUCAGGCAGAGACACUCCACUGACUCCUGCCGGGUGCCUCCCCCUGCGCCUGUUCUGAGCGCUCUCCCUGCACCCCCGGGUCACGCUGGGGCUCAGCCCUCGGGCGUCCCCUCGCGUCCUCGCGGUUGUGGGGAGCGCGGCUCUGCAGGCGGCACGUGGACCCCCACCCCGGCUUGUCCCCUCUGGAGACGGGCACAGGCAUUGUGGAGCGCAACUCAACAGCUGUUUAUUAAAGGUGCAUGUGAGACGCCUGGUUCCGCGGCCUUCUUCCGCCAGACGAUGGCUUUACGGUUGAGGGGACGGGAUGGGACGGGGCUGUACGUAUUUACACAUGGCCGGUGGCACUGCAGACCCAGGAGGGAGACGCAGGGUGGAGGGGGAGCCUAGACAGCUGGGCUGGGGCGGCAGGGGUCAGGGGAUGCACCGAAUCCAGCACCCAGCUUGUGGUGUCCGUCUGCCCCUGGGCCGAGGUCCAGGAGUGGGUGCCCUGUGUCCCCUCAGCGGGUGGCCGGGCGGCGUCCUGAGGGCUUCAGACGUUGGUCCUCCAGCUCCUGCCUCAGACGACUAUCCAGCAACCGCCAGUGCCUUCCUCCAGGAAGCCCAUCUUCUCAGGGCCCUGGGCCCCCACUGGUCUGCUGGGCUGGGUGAUGAGGCGUGGCUGGCCCCGCUGCAGGGGUUGGAGAAGGCAGAGGUGGCCCUGACAGGAUGGCCCCGGCCUGGGGAGAGAACGCCUGGGCCAGACAGAGGGCAGCGGGGGCGGCCGGGGAGAGUCCUCUGCCCCCAGUGACGGUGGCCGCACUGCUCGCCGAGAGGUAGCUCUGGGAGUUCGCCCCACGGCCCACGUGGGGAGACAGGCACACAGUGGCCAGAGCGCCGCCUGGGUCUCCCAGUGCAGGGGGCUCCCACCCUGGCCCUCACGGCUGGGCGAGCUGGGGUGGGUCCCCCUUUUCCAGAGGAGGCUGGCCCGUGGUGGUGGGGGGCAGCAUCCUUCAACCCCCAUAUCUGAGAAGGCGCUCGGAAGACCCCCAGCCCCGCCCUUCUGGCUACUGACGGGGACUGGGGGCCUGGGGGCCUGGGGCGGCCGGUAUCUGAGCCGCGUCUGAUCCUGAUCCGCCCAGGGGCUAGGUUCGUGGCACCCUGCUCAGCCAGCCUCUGGCCUCCUCCGCUGCUGCCGGCUGGCCCUCCACAGGAGGGGCAUGUGGUGCAGCCCUUCCCGCGUGCUGCGUCCAGGCCCUCAGGCAGAGUCCUGGCGCCUGUCCUGCAGGACGGUGUGUCGGGUGUGAGGGAGAGGUUGCGGCGAGUCUGUGUGUCUCAGCGGCGGCACGGUGUCCAAGGGAGGGGAGGGACAGUCAGUGGCGCCCGGGGUGGAGAUGGGGCCCCUCCAGCACCUCCUCUUGACUCAGCCCUGCUCCCUCUCCUCCCAGAGAAGGGACGGACGCCGGCACAGGGUCCCCCGGCCCCUCUGAGCAGCUCUGCAGGGCGACUGUGAUUGCAGAUCCGCCCAGAGCCGGGUUCUGCAGGAAGGCGGUGGGCGGCUCUUCCUGCAGGUGUGCCGGGGCUCCCCCUCCGCCUCCUCUGGGACCAGCUCCCUCCAGCACCUGUGGGCUCCAGGGCCCCGCCUCCGAGUCCCACAGCUGUGCUGGACCUCAGGGAGGAGGCCGUGCCCGCACGGAGCCCACAGAUCCAGUGCCUGCCGCGUCGCAAAGGAGAUUGAGAUCGAAAAGGGAAAGGCCGGGGGCCGGGCGGGCGCCUGCCGGAACGUCCUCCCUUAGAGUGCAGUCCAGGCCCGGCGGCGGGGCGGUCAGCCGAGCCCCGGCCUCCCCUCGGUGUCCCGCCCGCCUCGGCCAGAGCCCUCGCGGCACGCCUGCCCCUCCGUGUUCCUUACGAGGGUUGCGGGGGUGCUCCAGGCUCCCUACACUCGCCGUCUCAGGUGGGGCUGCCUUUCUGUGGGGCUCAAUCACGCCCCUCCCCCGUGCCCCCAGCUGAGGCUGAACAGGCAGGCGAACCUGCUAAGCCCUCGUCAACAAAUUACUCAGCCUUGCCGGUAAUUACAGGCUUCCUGCUGCGCCUGCUCUGCCACGGUUGCCUGCCGCUGCCCCCAGCUGGCAGGCUCCCGUCCCCCACGUCGGCGGGCGGGCACUGUCACCUCCCUGCUGCUCCCCGGAGGGGAGGGGAGGGGGUGUGGUGCUGAUGCUGGGCCCGGUGGGGUCAGGAGCCCAGGAGGGCACUGCCGAGGACAGCCCCAGCCAGGAGGGUGGUCUCCGCGUGGGGGCCAAGCUGGGACGGCGCCCUCGUGGGCGCCCCCUGGCGGGGACGCAAGAUCCACCCUGCAGCUCACUUUCCUUGCGGAGCCCCCUGAGCACGGAAGCAAGCGUCUACGCG